AUGGAUAGAAGUAAGUGCAGAAGAAGAAGCUCAAGUAAAAAAUACAGAUUUUCUAGUGGUGAUUCAACUUACUGUAAACCAAUAAUAAAAAACUCAUCACACAAUGAUGAUUCUAGUGAAGGAGAAAUUGAAUUUGAGGGAUGGAUAGAAUUUGUUACAAAAAAAGAUAAAAAUGAAAAUAAUACAUCCACAGAAAAAAAUAAGAAAUCUAAUAAAAAUAGAAAUAGUUCUAGAAAAUUAUCAGAUUCAGCAAAUGAAAAUAUUUUAAAAAAUAUGGAUGAAAAAUAUAGAUCAUCUUCUAAAAGAACAUCUGACAAAAAUUCUAUUAAUAAAAAUGAAGUAAACUCAGAAAAAUCCUAUUCAUCUACAAAUUAUAUAUAUAAACAACCAGAAAAUAUCACAAAUAAUAACAUGUUUCAUUUAAUAGAUAAUGGACAACCUGCAUUAUUUAUAAAUACACAAGAAAAUAGAGAAAAUACGAUGAAUACAUUAAAUCCAAUUUAUGUUGAUCCUAUGUCUCCUAUAGUUCUAAAAAAUCAACAACUUUUUCCUCAGUUAUAUGUAAGACAACCACCAACAGUCAUUGUGACAAAUGAACAAAGGCCUCCUUUAGUUAUAAAUCCACCACCAGCUAAUGUUAUUUUUAAAAAUCAAUCUCCACAACCUAUAUAUGUAAAUAAUGCUAGACCAAAUAUAAUAAUUAAGAAUGAUCCACCAAUUUUGCAGCAUCCUAUUAAUAUGGAUACAAUACCUAUUCAGGUAGAUAACGCUAGUGAAAAUUUUUCUGUUAAAAAGGAUUUUUUAAAAUAUCCUAGUUCAAUGAAUAUUAAAGGAGAGUCAUUAAAUGAUAACAAAAAUUGUUAUUUAAAAGGAAAUAUAAAUACUUCUAAUCCAACAAUACCUACUAACUUUAUACAAUUAGAUAAUAGUAUAGGUGAGAUUUCUCAUCAAACAAUACCGAAUAUUUAUGUGAUGAAUGAUACUCAAUGUGCAAAUUAUUAUCAAACACAAAAUUCAAAUGUAAGUCCAAAUAAUAAUAUCAUUCAUGUUCAACAAAAUCCUGCAUUCAAUGAAUAUGAAACCAAUGUUGUGCAAAACAUACCAUCUCCAUACCCACAAGUAAUAUCUCAACCAGAGCAAAAUGGUAAUUUAUUAAAUCAACAAUCUACAGGAAAUCCAGUAAUGCAAAUAAUUCCAUCUCCAACAGUUCAAACAAUGACACCUACAGGAGUUCAAGUAAUGCCACAAACACAACAUUUUGAAUCUAUUUCUAAUUUCCAGACACCAGUGACUUAUGAAAAUAACUAUACACAACAAGUUGCUCACACCACAUUCGCAAGUGGUACACCACAAGUUAUUCAUCAAAAUCCCAUACCAGCAACCACAAUUGUACAAGAACAAAUAACAAAUAAUCCUUCAUCUCAAUUUAGAACAAUUAUCCCAACUAAUACUAUAGCAAAUCCAACGAAUGUAAUGAAAUUCCAAAGUUCUAUACCUCAACAAAUGAAUGUAAAUAAAACUAUGAUACAACCAUCAUGUUCUCCUUCUCAAGUUUUGUCAUCUUGUUCACCUAUAAGUUGUAUGCCAACAAAUAAAUUCAUUCAAAUGCCUACAUUAAAAAGAAAUACAUAUGUAAAUCCAAAUGUUAACCCUAUGUAUCACAGUCCUAAAAAAGUUCAGAUAAUUGCACGCCCUAUGAAUGAUGGAAAUGCCAGAGGUUACAACAUAUGCAGAUAA